AAAAGAGAUACUUUUGCAAUAUCGAAAUUAAAGUGGAGUCUACAGGGCUUGAGGGUUGAAUACUUGUGUCGAAACAGUUUUUAUCUCGGAAAUUACCAGCAAUGCAUAUCUGCUGCAUUAAAAUGCGAUAGCGGAAAAGAAGAAUUCCUUGAGUGUCAAAUUUUUAUGAACAGAGCUUUAAUCGCCCAACACAAAUAUAAAGCGGUCAUUGAGGAAAAUAAAGAGAGUCAUUAUUCAUCUUCUAUAAAACUUUGCUCUCUACUAGCGCGUUAUAAGCAGACUCCAAAGGAAGGUCGAAAUAUAAUAGAUGAACUUGAACAACUUCUUGACGAUACUUGUAUUAAUGAUCCCUUUUGCCUACUACUGGCUGGAGAGCUCUACUUCCUAGAUAAUAAUUUUGAAAAAACUUUAAAACUUCUCCACGACGCAGAAUCAUUAGAGUGUAUGUCUUUAAAAGUCCAAUGUUAUUUAAGCAUGAAUUGCGAAGAAUUAGCUCAAAAAGAGCUGCAAAGAAUGAAAAAGCUGGAUGAUGAUGCUUCUAUCACGCAACUUUCAACAGCUUGGUUUCAACUCUAUAAGGGCGGCACAGAAAGCGCAGAAGCUUUAUAUAUAUUUCAGGAGCUAGCAGAGAAAUAUGGCGAAACUAGUCUUCUUCUCAACGGACAAGCCGCAAGUCUGCUCCACCAAGGAAAGUUUGUAGAAGCAGAAGACCUUCUUCACAGAGCCCUUCAGUUGGAUAGCAACGACUGCGAUGUUCUGGUAAAUUUGGUAGUGGCGCUUAGCCAUCAAGGCAAUUCUUCAAACUUAACAAGUCGGUAUAUGUCGCAAGUCCUCGAGGACAACCCCUACCACUCGUUUUCUCUCUUAGUAAACGAGCACUCAAGGAAGUUUGAUAAGCUGGCCUCUUCUUUUUCCUAGUAUAUAACAAAAGAGGGAUCACUAGUUUGUAUUAAAAACAGGAAAUUUUUUUAUU